UUGCACGCACCCUGGUGCACGGGGGAUGCAAACAUCUGGGUGCACGGGGGGGGGACGACCGCGUGCCCUGGUGCAUCAGGGUUGCACGUGUCUGGGAGCAUGGGGGGGGUCAAUCCCACGCCCCGUUUUCCCUGAGCAGCACCAGCAGCACGACCCGGCACCGCCCGGCGCUGCGUGGGACGGGCGGCCCUGGGAGCGGCCACCCCCGCCCAUGGGCAAAGUGCGGGGCAAGGGCCAGGCGGCCCUGUGGAAGGCGGCCAUGGAGCGCAUGGUGCCGGCACGGCUCUGCGGCAUCGCCGUCCUGCUGGGCGCUGCCCUCCUCCUGCCUGCACCCAGGGGCACCCAGGCUCUGAGCAACGCCAGGGAGAACGACCCAGCCGCAGAGAUGGAUUUGGCCAAGGAAAUCACCCAGGGCGUACCAGCCACAGAGCUGCCGGAGGAGGGCGAGAUCUCCAAAGAGGUGGAACCGGUCUUCUCUGGUGGCGCCUGGGCUCCACGCGGCCCCCACCAAGCCCAGGUGGGACCGGAGGAGGAUCGUGACCACCUCCACCACCCCCAGGAUGAUGCCAGGGAGGCCGAUGCCCGUGGGCCACCCCGGAUGCUGUCCCUGGAAGUGCAGAGCGGCCCGGAGGAGGACCGCGACCAUCUCCACCACAGCUGAGCGGAGAUGUGCCCAGGCUGCCAAGUGAGGGGUGGGGGCUGCCCUGGGACUUCCUGAGGGGACUUGUCCCUCCCUACCCACCCAUGAGCCCCCCCCCCAAUAAACCCGUUCCCCACCUCCGCAGCCUGGUGGGGUCCUCA